AUGGCAAGAACAAGAAGAAGACGUCGAGUUACUAUUUUAUCUGAAGAAGAGGCUGGGCAACAUGUUCAAGCAUCUACAAACAGUAAUAAUGGUGCGCAUAUUGAAGAAAAUGGAGAUUCUCAGGUGCCAUCUCAAACAGAAGCAACAAAUGAAGUGGAAGUAGAUGGCAUCGUUGAUACCAUUGAUACGCAAGGAGUGAAGAGAACUCGUGGACGAACACGUCUUGCUGAUGUGUGGGAACUCCCUGCGGAUCAACGGAUAAUUGUCCCCUUUAAUGAUCUUGGACAACCAAUCAAAGCUGCAGGUGGACUUUUGGGCCAAUUUUUGGAUAGCAUUGCUAAGAAUGGUGAGCUUUGUUCAUUGGCAAAAGAUGAUUGGCGAAAGUUUACCAAACCUGAAAUUCAAGAGAUGCUUAAAGUUGUGGAGGGUAAAUUCUACUAUGAUGAUUGCUAUGACUAUUGGGUAUUGAAAACAAUUGCAAGAAGAUGGAGAGACUAUAAAUGUCACUUGAAGUGCAAUAUCUACCAUAAUCAUGAUAUUGUGGAAGAAGUAAUUCGUAAUAGACCAUCAGAUGUAGAUGAAGCGCAAUGGAAGCGUAGUGAGAUCAACACAACUAAUAGAAAGAAGCAAAAAAUCGCGCAUACGUCUGGGACUAAAAGUUUCGCUAGAAAGGCUGAAGAGAUGAGAGAGAAAACCGGUGUUAACCCAACUAGAGCUAAAUUAUUUCUUGAGACGCAUAAGAAGAAGGCGGGGGAGAAACUUACUGCAGAAAUUGAGGCUACAUCUUCAAAACCAUCCCACACCACAAGUAUUGCGUCAGAGAAUGAUGCAUAUGCGGCGCUUUUUGGAAAAGAACAUGCUGGACGUGUACGUGGUAUUGGUACAGGACCUCCUCCAACCCAAGUGUUCGGAACUAGUUCGCGACGUCGAUUUAAUGGGAUGUCAUUCACUUCUUCAAAUAGCGGAGAGAUGCAGGAGUUGAAAUCCAUGAUGAUGACCAUGAUGGCACAAAUUGGACAACUAUCUCUUUAA